AUGGCGGGUAUGAACGUGCGACUGGCGUUCGCGAUAAUAUCGGCGUCGUGGUCAGCAUUUCAACAUGGGUACAACACCGGAGUCAUGAACGCACCACAAGAUGUUAUGUCAAAUUGGUUGCAAAAAGAGGCUCUGUCUGGAACAAAUUUAACAUUAGCGGCGAAAGACGAUCCAGUGGUUACAAACGUUUGGUCUCUCACUGUCGCAAUUUAUUGCGUUGGGGGGAUGAUAGGGGGUGUUAUUACCGGCGUAGUUGCUGAUAGAUUCGGACGCAAGGGCGGUCUUCUAUUGAACAACGUGUUGGUCUUUUUGGCAGCUGCCUUGGAAGGCCUCUCUAAAACGGCUAAAUCAUCAGAAAUGCUCAUACUAGGAAGAUUGAUUAUCGGCAUAAACAACGGUUUGAACGCCGGCUUGACACCGAUGUACUUGGCUGAAAUAUCUCCAGUGUCAUUGAGGGGAUCGAUCGGUACAGUAUAUCAGCUAGUCAUCACUAUAACGAUCCUCCUAUCGCAAGGUCUCGGGUUGAGUUCCGUGCUGGGCACUACGAACGGUUGGCCGUGGUUGCUCGCUGUCACUGUACUGCCUGCUGUGAUUCAGUGCUUCACGCUGCCUCUUUGCCCGGAGUCGCCGAAAUAUUUGCUGCUGAAUAGGGGGGCGGAGCUUAAGGCCCAGAGAGCCCUCAACUGGUUGCGUGGUGAUGUUGCAGUGCACGGCGAGAUGGAAGAAAUGCAUCAGGAAGCAGAGAAGAAUAAAAUCAGUAAAAAGGUGACCCUUCGAGAACUAUUCGGCAACAGGCAACUGCGGCAGCCCUUGCUUAUAGCGAUGGUGGUGAUGGUAGCGCAGCAGCUGUCUGGUAUAAAUGCUGUGAUAUUCUUCUCGACUGAUAUAUUCAACAACGCAGGACUGGACACGACUCAGAGUCAGUUUGCUACAUUGGGUAUGGGAGCCAUGAAUGUCAUAAUGACGGUGAUAAGUCUGCUCUUAGUGGAAAGAGCGGGAAGAAAAACGCUGUUGUUGGUUGGAUUUGGUGGUAUGAUGGUCUGUACCAUUGGACUGUGUAUUGCUAUUCAAUAUACGGCAAUAUCGUGGGUUCCCUACUUGUGUAUCGCAUUGGUCAUCCUCUUUGUAACCAUGUUCGCCGUCGGUCCAGGUUCCAUACCUUGGUUCCUCGUUACGGAACUUUUCAACCAAGCAGCGCGACCAGCCGCCUCGUCAGUCGCCGUUACAAUUAACUGGACAGCAAACUUUGUCGUUGCUCAGAGCUUUCUACCGUUAUCCUUGGUGUUAGGGACGUACGUGUUCCUAAUAUUUGCGGGACUUCAGUUCAUAUUUAUAUUAUUCAUAGCGUUCAAAAUCCCCGAGACGAAGAACAAGACGAUCGAGGAAAUAACCGCCAUGUUUAGGCAGCAAUUGUAA